UCUUAACUUUAGUAAAUGCUAAUUAUAUAACCACACUUUAGGUAGAUAAACUCUGGAGUCCAAAUAUCACCGAACCUGUUGGAGCCUAUGAACUGUGUUUUUGGUACAUAAUUUUUUCGGGGAAUUCCUUUCCUGCUGUGCAGCAUUGCGCAUGCUCCGGCGUUUGUGUACAUUCUGUGAAGAUGGCGCUUUUGCUGAGAGAUAAAGAGACCACAAAACCUGGAUCAGCAUUGGGGCUGGAGAAAUUAUGAACUACAACAUUACAUUUCUCAGGAAUAACACCGUGCAUAUAAGAGAAGCUAACAACAUUACAAAGUGGCGUUGGCAGCUGAGCAAGGUGUCGCCGGGUUCGAUUCACUCGUCAUUUUCAGUGGGGAACUUCUACUCUGCCUUUGCAAUAUUCUUUCAACAUUUGACAAAUCAUUACUUGCGCUGCACAUAUUUGUUUGAAACUGGGCUAACGACCCUGUAUGUAAGUUCUGCUGACCAUGGCUGACCAUACACCCCCUCUGGAGGCCACCCAGCAUCUGAACACCGACAUGCCUCUCCUGCCUCCGCCCCCUCCCCCCAUGGUGAAUGGAGAUGGAGCUCAACAGGUAAUCUUGGUCCAGGUGAACCCAGGUGAAUCCUUCACGAUAAGGCGGGAGGAUGGUCAGUUUCAGUGUAUUACAGGUCCUGCUCAAGUUCCAAUGAUGUCUCCAAAUGGUUCAGUGCCUCCAAUAUAUGUGCCUCCUGGAUACGUUUCACAGAUUAUUGAAGAGAAUGGCGUGCGGAGGGUCCUGGUCUUACCUCAGGCAGAGUUCCUACCGGGGAGCCACUCGCCGUUGCAUCCUCAUCUGCCUGCUUUCAUUCCUCACCACGCCAUGAUGCCUCCUCCUCCACACCACGUGUACACCACAGUGAGUGGGGCCGGGGACAUGACAACCCAGUACAUCCCCCAAUACCACCCGUCACAAGUCUACGGGGACCAAGACUCUCAUUCACUUCAUGGAAGGUCUGGCUUUGUAAACAGAGAUGACAGGACUAGUAAAACAUACGAACGUUUGCAGAGAAAAUUAAAAGACAGACACGGUGGUGCGACAAAGGACAAAAUGAACAGCCCACCCUCCUCGCCGCAGAAAAGUGACUGCAGUUCCCCUACAGACAUCCAGAAUGGGCUUGGGAAAGGGCAGAACUCCCCUGGGGCUGCCCCAGUUAAAGGGAAACAAGUAGGAAAAGUAAAAGGCAGUCCUCGAAUAGACACAGAAACACAAGAACUAGAUGAAGAGACAAAGGCCCUUCAAACUCUGCUUUCCAAUAUAAGCAAGCCAGUGAUGUCAGACAUUGAAGCAAAGACAGCAGUUGUUACGUGGUCUCCCCCUGCUGCUGUGAAUGGGGACAGUGAUAUGGCAAAUUUACCAGACUCCUUUUUUUAUGAGGUUGCUGUCUCCAGCAGCGGAAAAUAUGGCAAAUUCAAAACGGCAUAUAGUGGUGAAGAACUUACUACAACUUUAGAAGACCUUAGACCAGCAACAGAUUAUCAUACAAGAGUGCAGGCAGGGUGUAAUUCUUUACAAGGGACGCCAUCAGAACCUGUCAGUUUUACUACGUUGAGCUGUGAACCAGAUACCCCAAUUCCACCAAGAAAAACAAACAGGACCAAAAACUCUCUUGUUUUGCAAUGGAAGGCUCCAUGUGACAAUGGCUCAAAAAUCCAAAAAUACACUUUAGAAUGGGAUAAGGGAAAUGGGACCGGGGAAUUUGAACAGUGUUACUGUGGGCCUCUGAAGCAGUUUAGAGUGACCAAACUAUCACCAGCUUCAAGAUACACAUUUCGACUAGCAGCCACAAAUGACAUGGGCAUGAGCAACUUCAGUGAAGCAAUCGAUUUUUACACCUCAGGCAGCGUUCCACCACCACCAGCUAGUCCCGAGCUUGUAAAAGCUGGGGUUACCUGGAUGUCCAUACAGUGGAGAAAACCCUUGGUCGCACCAGCAGAAGACGACAUUUCUUAUGUUCUGGAAAUGGAGGAUGAAACCUCAGGCUAUGGGUUUAAGCCAAAAUACAACGGGGAUGAUCUCUCCUGCACAGUUAAGAAUCUUAGACGGAGUACCAAGUACAGAUUUCGGGUUGCAGCUUACAACUCGGAGGGGACGAGCAAUCCUAGCGAGGCCACUGAGUUUUGCACUUGUCCUGACAGGCCUGGAGCACCUUACAGGCCAGCAGUGAAGGGGAAGGUUCAUGCCAACAAUUUUAAAAUUAUAUGGGAACCACCCAAAGAGGAUGGAGGAGCCACUGUCACAAAGUAUAUUGUGGAGAUGUCAGAAGGCUCGAAUGGGAACAAAUGGGAGAUGGUGUACAGCGGGUCUGUCCUGGAGCAUGUGUGUGAUCAGCUGAGCCCAGGCUGUGCCUAUCAAGUCCGGGUGUACUGCAUCAGCGAAGGAGGACAGAGCCCGCUUUCAGAAACCUUGCUGAUACAGACACCAGCAGUUCCACCUGGCCAAUGUAUGCCACCACGGCUUGUGGGGAAACCUAAAGCCAGAGAAUUGCAGAUGCGUUGGGGAGCUCCCCAGGUGGACGGGGGAUGUCUCGUCUCCUGCUAUAGUCUUGAGAUGUCUCCAGCUCAGGCAGAGGAGCACAGAGAAGUCUAUAUGGGUCCUGAACUAGAAUGUACAGUAAUUGGUCUCCUACCAGGGAAAACAUACUCUUUUAGGCUUCGGGCAGCCAACAAAGCUGGGUAUGGACCAUACUCUGAGAAAUGUGAAAUCACUACAGCUCCUGGUGUACCACAUCAAUGCGAACCACCCCAUGUUGCUUGUCGGUCCCCUACAUAUGCAAUAGUCAGCUGGGAGACCCCGGCUGGAAAUGGAGCUAAUGUUACUGAGUAUCGGUUAGAAUGGGGAGCAGCAGAAGGCUGCAUACAACUCUGCUACUGCGGACCUGGUUUAACACAUGAAAUGAAAGGGCUCUUACCAGCUACCACUUACUUCUGUAGAGUACAGGCAGUAAAUGUUGCCGGAGCCGGUCCGUUCAGUGAAGUGGUUUUGUGCGUGACUCCGUCCUCGGUCCCGGCUGCAGUGAGUUGUCUUCGCGUCAGAGACGAGAGCGAGGUAGACGUUCCACACUACUCCCCAUCCACAUGCCUGGCCCUGCAGUGGGAAGAGCCUUGUGACCAUGGCUCAGAAAUUACUUCCUACAGCAUAGAUUUUGGAGACAGGCAGCCCAUUACAGUGGCGAGAACCACAAACCACAUUAUAGAAAACCUGCAGCCAGAUGCAACUUACAGAAUACGAAUUCAGGCCCUGAACAGCAUUGGCGCAGGCCCAUUCAGCCACACUAUCAAGUUGAAAACCAAGCCCCUUCCUCCUGAGCCCCCGUGCCUCGAGUGCACUGCCUUGAGUCAUCAGAACCUGAAGCUCAAGUGGGGAGAGGGCACUGCUAAAACACUGCAAACAGACUCCAUUCAGUAUCACCUUCAAAUGGAGGACAGGAGUGGAAGGUUUGUGUCCUUGUACAGAGGACCAUGCCACACACACAAGGUACAGAGGCUCAAUGAAUCAACCACCUACACAUUCCGCAUUCAGGCCUUCAAUGAAGCCGGGGAAGGGCCCUUUUCUGAUGUUUACCCUUUCACGACUCCCAAAUCCCCGCCUGCUCCUCUCAAAGCACCAAGAAUAGAACGGCUUGAUGACCACACCUGUGAGGUCACUUGGGAGGCAUUACAACCCAUGAAAGGUGACCCGGUUAUUUACAGCCUUCAGUCCAUGAUUGGGAAUUCAGAGUUCAAACAGAUUUACAAAGGCUCAGCCAGGUCAUUCCAAGUUUCAGGACUUCAGCUGAACUGUGAACAUCGUUUCCGGGCCUGUGCCAUUCGUCAGUGCCAAAACCCUGAGGGGCCUCAAGACCUGAUCGGCCCCUACAGUGCCACUGUAACAUUCUCCUCUCAGAAGACUGAACUGCCUAGCACCACCCAUAAAAACACUGUGGAAGUCUCAAGGACAAAACGCACUCUGAGUGAUGAGCAGUGUGCGGCUGUCAUCCUUGUGCUCUUUGCUAUCAUCUCCAUUCUGAUUGCCUUCGUCAUCCAGUACUUUGUCAUUAAGUAAUAGGACCAUCCCAAACUGACAAGGUACUUGGAGUACCUGCUGCAGCCUCAAUUUGAAAUGAUGUUAUACUGUGAUAUGAUUUCUGUUAAAUUUGCUUUUACAUCUAUAGUGGCAUAUAAUGCUGCUUCUGGACUAAGGGUGGGCAAUUUCAGUCCUGAUGGGCCGGUCCAAUCCAAUCCAGGUUUCGUAGUUAUAGUGAAAUAAUGAACUACUUUUAUAACCUGGGUGGAAGUUUAAUUCAGAAUGUUGUUGGAACAAAGACUUGGACUGGAAGGGCCAUCAUUGUUUUCCCUGUGUUCUAAACUUCCAGCACCUUCCCUGUCAUUCUCGUUGGCUACAAUGCUUGAAAUUCCCACGUGGCAGCUGGCAAUUCAAUAAGAGACACCAGCAACCCAAGUUACUUUAGUAGGCCUAACAAGUUAAAUUAGUAAACUACUAAUAGCUUUAUUGUGAAUAGUAAUUCGGUUUUGCUGGUUUACAAAACAGUGCAGUAGAGAAUAUAGUUAAUUGGUGAUCAAUCAUGAUUGAUUUACUUAAUUAAACUGUUCAAAUAUUUAGGCUAAGAAUUGAUAGCACAAUAGCUAGUUUUUAGAGGAUAAUCAUAUUGUUGCAAUUGCCAACUAGUAAGACAUGCUGCCCCAGUUUAAUGAAAGCUGCUUGACUGCUUGAUAAGUCAUAUGGUUCACAAGUGCCAGAAUGGGGUUUCUUUUUGCAAGACGAAAAGCUACUCAUAAAAAAUAAUGACAUAAACAAAAGUAGAAUGAAACAUACUCAUUUAGCACUUUCCCAUCCAGAAUGUGUGGUGAUGCAAAAGAGACUGUGAAAGUAACAUCUGAUAUAUUUUUGUAAGAAACUUAGACCUAUGUCUGGAGUUUGUCUUUCAAAAAUUAAAUUGCAUAAGUAAAAAUCCUUUAGCUGUUUCUAAUCUUAACUAUACAUUUAGCACAGAUGCUUAUUGAGUUCUCCCAGCCUAAUGAUUUGCACCUCGUACAAAAUGUUUGACUGCAUGUAGUAUUUGUGAUUACAAUAGAACACUUUUCAGGUAAUGUAAGCCUUAAAUGUGUAUCGUGAGCUUGUUUUCUGAGUAGUCUGUUUUUUAAAAUACUUCAUCUCCAAAGUCGAGUAAAACUUAGUUAUCUGAAGUUUAACAAAUCAUAAAAAGAACGACUGCUUACAGUAAGUAUAAAAACUGAACCUAAUUUUCGGGAAAGAAAAAUCAUUAGCAAUGAUCUGUAUUCAUAAUCACAAUUUUGUUGUAAUUACUUUCUAGUUUUUGUAACAUUCCCAUUUUUUGCAUCAAGAUGCAUUUUUUGUUAUAUUUAGUUUGUUUUUCUUUAAUAUAUAAAUAUAUAUAUAUUCAUUGUGUAAAACACUUUAAUUAUAUGAGAGAAUAUAUUUAGCAGUCUGUAUUAUCUGUUUAUUUUAUGUCCUAAAUGAGUUCAUUCUGUCCAGAGAUACAUUAACGGUUAUCUGUCUGUGUUUACUUGUAUUCCUAUGAAUUCAGACUUUGACACUUUUUUGUGUUAAUUGAUAUUUGUCGCUGAUUGCUGAAGUGUUGAAUGGGCACAGUUUUCUCUCUGGAAACCAUCAAAUGUGAUGUUGUGUUUGGCUGUUGGCAGAUACAACGUUAGAUUGUUGAAGCAAUUAAAAAAAACAAAACAAAACAAAAAAAACACAUAAUGUCACAAAAAAUUAGAUGCCCUGCAAUGGCUUCUAUUUGUCAUAGUAAAAUUAAAAUGACUAUUUUUGAUAGUGAAACUGUAAUUGCAAGUUGUGCCAUUUGAAUAUUUUCAGUGUGGGCUAAUGCAGUAAGGAAAAAUAUUUUGUAUGUAAUUUUAAUGUUUGCAGUUACCUCAUAUACUGUACAUUCCAAAAAGUAAUUCAAACUUGUUAUAAAUACUACCAAUGAUAUCACUUUAAAACUGUACAAUGUCAGCAAUGAAAAUUGUAUAAUGUCAUAAAUAUGUAUCUACACUGUAACUCUAUAGCCAUUAUAUCUAAAGAAAGAUCCAUGCACAAUAAAAUAUCUAUAAUUCUU